GGGCGAGGAGGAUCCGGCCGAGGUGGGAAGGAGGGCGGCCAGGCGCCCCAUCGCGGGGGGUUUGCCCGGGAGGGAGGGAGGGAGGCAGCGAGCGGUUCCCCGCAGGGCUUCCUCCGGGGAUCGAUCUUGGACAGAGCCUCCGCGAUGGGUCCGGUGGGGCUGCAGCUGCUCUCGGGGGCCUGCCUACUCUUCUCCCUGGGCAUGUUCGGGACUGGCCUGUCUGACCUAAAGCAGAUGUUUGCAACCCAGAGUGUGGAGAACAUCCAGUUCCUGCCGUUCCUCACCACCGAUGUCAAUAAUUUGAGCUGGCUGAGUUAUGGCUUCCUGAAGGGAGACUGGACACUCAUCCUUGUCAACGCAGUGGGCGUGACGUUGCAGACUCUCUACAUCCUGGUCUACUUCUACUUCAGCUCGGAGAAGCGGGCUGUGCUGUUGAAGACCAUGGCCUUAUUGGCAGUACUCCUCCUCGGCUACGGCUACUUCAACCUGCUGGUUCCGGAUGUUUCCAUGCGCCUGACGCGCCUGGGCCUCUUCUGCAGCCUCUUCACCAUCACCAUGUACCUCUCGCCACUGGCUGACCUGGCCAAGAUCGUGAGGAGCCGCUCCACGCAGUGCCUCUCCUUCCCGCUGACGGUCACGACCUUCCUGGCUUCGGCCUCCUGGACCUUGUAUGGGAUUCUGCUCCAGGAUGUUUACAUCGCGGUCCCCAACGUGCCAGGCAUAGCCACCAGCCUCAUCCGGUUCUGGCUGUUUUGGCACUUCCCUCCGGACCUCAACAAAACCUACAAGUUGCUGCAAGCCUGAGGACCCAGGGGAUGGGCCCUUGGCCAAGGAAGGGGGGAAAGCGCUGAGUCUCAGCUGGGUGUGAUUGCUGCGUCCCAGCUCUCCUUGCGCCCUCAGGAGCCUCCCCCCCCCGCUCCAACCUUCCAGACUGCGCAAGUGGACUCCGCGGCAGGAACAAUUCCUCCUCCAUCUUGAGCUAUAUGGUGCAGACUGAAAACCAAGGAGCCAGAGGCCCCCAGUCCUGCCCCAGAGCAGGAAAAGGAUGAAGGAACCAACCUACUCUCUCUGCUGCUUUUCCAGGGUACAACAGCAGCCCUCCGGGUGCUGCUGGACUACAACUCCCAUCAUGCCUGCCCAUCGGCCGUGCUGGCUGAUGGGAGCUGGAGUUCUGUAACAUUGUUGAACUACAACUCCCAACGUCCCUUGCCCAUCGGCCUUUCUGGUUGAUGGGAGCUGGAGUUCUGUAACAUUGUUGAACUACAACUCCCAUCAUCCCUUGCCCAUCAGCCUUUAUGGUUGAUGGGAGCUGGAAUCCUGGAACACUGUUGAACUACAACUCCCAUCAUGCCUCACCAUUGGGUGGAGCUGAUGGGAGUUGGGGUCCAGCAGCAUCCUAACCAGCCACCCACGUUCUUCACCCUAGGCCUAGGAGGUGUCAACGCGGAAACCCCCCCUCCCCAAAAAGAAAAUACUGGGGGCCUCCUCGCUUUAAUGCAUUACUUCCAGAAGGCAACUUUCUCCCCCCAUUCAGCGGACAACCGUUUCUGCCGUCCGAGCAGUGAGGACUUCACAGUUUCC